AAAACGUGCAAAGUCAGUAUUUUAUAAAAAUUAAGAUAAUACGUUUAUGUGUUUCCUUUCAAAGAAUAUUUUCAUAUAAGCAAUUAAUACCGGCAAGAAACGCACUGUGUCACUGGAUAUUUGCAGUUUUUAAAUAACUAUGCAGGGAAAGAACGUGCAAUGUCAUCGCGAUACUAGAUAAAAACGUGUUAAGUCAGGAAAAAACGUGUUAGGUUGAGAAAAUUAUAUUGUUUUUUUAAGCUCGUAGGUCAGUCUGCCGAUUAUUUUAACUGAGUGAACAUGGCGAGUGACACUAGUGGUGACGAAUUAGAUAAAAAAAUAUGUGGACUAUCUAAAAAACGUAAAAUAACUGGUCGUAUGUCUGAUGUUUCAAAAAAAAUACGCUUACAGAGUCAUGAAGUAGGGCCAGACUGUCAUUGUAAGCGAUUUCAGUGCUUUGAAAAAGUUUUACCUAAUGAACGGGCUAAAAUUAAUAAACAUUUUAAUGAGUCCCAAGAACCUACUUGGGACGAACAAAGUGCCUAUCUGUGUGGCCUUAUUCUUCUAAGUCCUGUUUUCCAACGAAGAAAUCGUCGCCCAGAAGAAGAAAGUCACUUCCGGCAGGCUAGUUACUUUUAUAAGGUAAGAGUGCUACGUAAUGAAGGAACAGUCGACAUUCCAGUAUGCCUUAAAGCAUUUUGUUCACUUCAUGGAAUUACACGAAGAAGAGUUCAGACUAUUCACACUUCACUUCUAGUCAAAGGAGUUGCUCCUAAGGACAACAGGGGGAAACAAUCCUAUAAACAUCGUGCACUUAAAGAAGAUAUAAAAAACUGUGUUAUUUCUUAUAUUCGUUCGUUUAAGGGUAGGUCUAGUCAUUAUAGCAAUAAAAAGUCAAAGAAAAUUUACUUACCUGAAGAUUUGAACAUUCGCAAAAUGCACUCAAUGUAUAAAUUAAAACAUCCAGAUAAAUCUGUGUCUUACGAAACUUACAGAACUAUUUUUUCGACUGAUUUUAAUAUCAGUUUUGGAUAUCCCCGCUCUGAUACCUGUUCCAAGUGCGAUGAAUUCAAUGCUAGAUUAAAGUCGCUAAAUUUAAGGCUUACCCAAAACAUCACUUUGGAAAUAAAAGAGUUCCUAAAUCGCAAAAUAAGAAAGCUUACAUUAGAGAAAGAACUUCAUAAGAAAAAAACAGAAGCCUUUUAUGCUAGGAAGAGACAAGCUCGACUUCAAAGUAGGAAAUCAAUAGAGAUAGAAGCGGUGGCCAUGGACUACCAAAAAAACUUACCAGUCCCGAACAUAACGACUAAUGACGUCUAUUAUAAGCGUCAAUUAUCUUUUUAUUCUUUUAACAUCCAUAGACUUUCGUAUGCUGAUUCAGUAUUUUAUACCUAUUCAGAAGAAGUAGCUAAGAAGGGUUCUAAUGAGGUAUGUUCUGUUUUAGAAGAUUAUGUUACUCAUCAUCUUCCUAGUAGCGUUAAGAUUUUAAUAAUUUUUUGCGACUCUUGUGGAGGACAACAUAAGAACUUUACAGUGUUUCGCUAUUUGCGCUACCUGGUCCACCAAAAAAAGAGGUUUCAAACUAUCAAAGUUGUAUUUCCGAUUAGGGGCCACUCUUCAUCGUGAAACCUAUAAUGGAUCUUGGACUACUUCCAUCGUAACUAAACCAGUCUCCAAACUCAUACGAGGCCCACCUUUAUCUGAAAAGGAGUUUCACUAUCCACCACGAGCUUAUAAUGGUAAAAUUCCUAUUUCAAGAGAAAAAUACAAAGAUCUACAGCAACUGAAAAAAUUUUGUGACGAGAGCACGUUUUUCUUUUACGACAAUCUUCCUGUACUACCCGCAAAGAAAAUCCCUAAAAUGAACAGAAGAGAAAAGUCCGUUAAAAUAACAAAAAAUAGGCGCUAAACACCAAUAUAGUAAAUACGGUAACAUUUAAAACAAAGUGACUUUGCACGUUUUUUCCUGUUUUUUUUGUACUUUGGUUGGUUUUGUAAUAAAAUUUAAAAAACUAA